UCACCCACCUCGCCUCCGAUGAGCCCGACCAAUGGUUUCCCUAUGAGGCCAUCAGAACAAAAAGGAUGGGUUCUCACCGACAUGACGACGGGCUUCUUGCCCAAGUCACGUGGUGCCGCGCUCUUUGAAAGAAGAAAGAGAUUGUCUGAGGAACGUGAAAGAGGAGGAGUUCCGCCGCCUCCUGUGAUGGAUAUCCCUAACAACAACAAUAACCUCCGCAAAGACGAGGACGAGUUCUGGCCACUGCCGCCCCCUCCUGAUGAAAGUGUAUGGUCUCCUCCCAGUGGAGAUCUAUCAAGGGGCCCCCCUCCAGCCCAGUCUGCCCCUCCCCCACUACUAGAGAAGGACGAAGGCAUCGCUCCUGUCUGGGCUCCGGGCGGCAGCCAACCGGUCAAGAAAGAAUUCAAACCGGUCAAAUUGGACCUCACAAACAGGCCCAAGGUCAGCUCUGGCAUACAACCGGCUUACUCAUUAUCAACGUCACCAACACCUGCUGCACAUACAUGGACCCCUCCAAAUCAGGGGGCUACCUCCCCUAAACCGAUUACCCCUCAAGUCGACAAACCUCAGUAUACGCAACCAGUUGCUGUGGACACUCUCCCGGACCCCUCCCACAUACUCUCCCCUGGGUACGUCUCGCCCCGCUCUUCAAUGCAGGAGUCCCACCCCCCUCCACCGCCUCAGUUUGCCGGCGACGGCCCCACCUCGCCCCACCCUCCAGCCUCGCCCCAUCCUUCGGUCUCAAGGGGUGUACCCGUUAGCCCAGCUGGGGCAGUGCCUUAUCAACCACGGGAGUCGGUGCCGUAUGACGGAAUGUCCAACGGGUAUGGCUUUAUACCAGCCAGUGCUGUAAUGUCUGGAUCACCAGGUGCUAUUCAAUCAGAUUUGUUGACAUGGGGCAUACAGCCGGGCCACGCCCCGCCUCCGUCGACCAAUGACAAUUCUACAAUCAUCCUCGAUCCAUCAAACCUUCCUCCCGGUGCUCUGUUCCAGAAACAGACGGUAGAUGGGGACGUUGUCCACACCGACACCUUCUACCCAGUUUCUAACGUGACGAGAAAAACGUCCACCGUGACAAAACACGAGGCACCGAACUACGCCGGUAUCGGCCCGAGGGAUAAGGAUGGAUUACCUCUUGGUCUCAGACAGCAUGUGAAGGAAGACAACAGACAUGACUGGUAUAAGGAAAUGUUCAAGUCCAUUCAUAAACAGGACAGAGACGAAGAUGAUAGUGAUGAUAUUUCGCUUCCACAGAAUGUAGAAGAAGACAGUUCUGAUAGCGUGUUUUUGAGUGAGAAUGAAGCCGUGCAUGCGCAUGUUAAAGAUGACUGGAAGAGAGAUGAAAGGGUUACUGAACCAGACCAUGUGGUGAAGAAUACUCCGUCAUAUCGAGUACAGCCGGGCAGAAUACAAGAUUUUGUGCCAGGAAAGUCUGGCCUAGCAGCUCAUGAAAAAAGUGUCUUAUCAAGGAAAGAUGGUCCUCUCUAUGAUGGAGGGCGGCGUGGAUCUGCUCCCGGGUCUGGCUAUGCCUCUGACGAAGAAGCUCGGAAGGCCUAUCAUAGCUUUGUCAAAUCUGGUGAGCUACCCGGUACGGCUGGUUUCGGUUUCGGCGCUCCACAGGCUCGUAGAGGUAAGAAAAUAGCUCUCUACCCCUUCAAACCCUUCGUCCAACACCACUUCCUAGUUCCCUGAUAAUACAGACCAGGGACCUGUCUUACAAAGUGUUGCGAUUGAUCCGAUCAAUCGCAACUAUGGAUGGCCAGCCACGUCAACAACUACAAUGCAAAUGUGUUCAAAAUAUUUUCUAGAUAUGAUGUUUAUUCAUACAGUACAUUCAUCACUCUCUUGAAGAUUCAGUGCGAUUCUCUUUGUUUACUAAGGAGAUUGUGCAAAUUUCCUGUAGAAAAAAAUUAUGGUAUGAAUGGCUUUCCAUACAGUUGAGAUUGAUUUGAUCAAUCUCACUCUUUGUAAGAAGGGGACUAGAACUCUCAAAGUCUCCCGCUAUGUUGUUCUUACAAGUAAUGCCAUGUUUGCACAAGGGGAGUGUUUCAUGAAGGAAAUGGUCGGUGAGUUUCACUGGUUAAUUUGUCCCGAGCCAAUCAGAUGCAAGGAUUUCAGUAGCUUAUAACAAUAGUCAGUGAAAAUGUGUGUGGUGAAAUGCUCCCCUGGUGCAACAAAGCUAUGCAAUGUUUUGAUAAACAAUUUUCAGCUACAUGUACAUGUAUGGCGAGUCAAAAUGCCCACCUUUAAUCAUAAACAUUCCACCAUACACUGUAAGUACUCCCAAAGUUGUCCCAAAGACAUAUUCAAGGGACGUAUAAUCUCGUUGUGAUGCCACAAGUCAUGUUAUGUCAUGAAUCAUCAUCGUGGUUUCAUCUCUGAACAUUUUGUUCUGCGCUUGAUUUUUUUUUACUUCUUGUGAAACAACUCAUUUUUUAUGCAAUUCCAGAGUAGGGCUGAGGGUAAUAUUCAUUGUGAAAUAAUUGAAUUGAGAGAUAUGUACAGGUGAAGAAUGAAAUCACCGGUGGCUUUCCAUAAUUCAUCGGAUCAAUCACAGCUAUUUGUGAAACUGUCUCCUGACAAUGUUUUUGUUUCAGAGUUAAUCAAAGUCUAAGGAUGCUGCUAUGUUAAAAAGAAAGUAGUCUUUGCAGACAUCUUGCCUUUGUGUACAAAAAGGUUCGAAACAGGGCAGAGAGUAACAAUAUUUGGGAAACAUACAUGUAGGAAAGUCAAGUAUCUUUGCAUAUCCAUCUAGUAAAGUUAACUUCUUAAAUAUGCAGCAAGGCUUUCAGGACAGUCAAAACGUCAUCGGCGAUGCUUUUUGAAUGUAUAUGAAGUAGUGUCUCGGUUACAAUCUAUUUGGGACUACCUGUAGCUAGACUAGGCCUGUGCCUGCUUUUUGUAAUCCUCAGAGCAUAAAACAUUUAUUACUCUUUUAAACUUAUUUUGGAAAGAAUUCUCAAGCUAAUGGAGUGGAUUAAAAGCAUUUUGUGAAUCAAUUAGAAAUGUGUCUUGAAACAUCAAUGUUAAGGCAAAGAAGUGCAGCUGUAAGUUCCAAUUCAAAGAAUUGUAGUUCUGCAACUAAAAGCCUAACCCGAAGAUAGCUUUGAAAUUCAACCUAAAUUAAUCAUGUUGGAAGUGGAUAUAUCAUUUCAUUAAAAUAAAACAUCUAUGAGAGCUUGUUCAGUAAAUUUGUAAAUUGUGAUUCAUCCAGCGGUAUUUUAGUAAUGUUAUUUAGAGGGUAGAGAAAUGUGACUAAGAAAAUAUAUUGGAAAUAUGUAUACUUUAGUGGUUAUCUUUUCAUCUACUUUAUUCACAUACUAGUAUACAGCUUUAGUUGGCUACUAUUCAGGGGUAUGAAUAACACAAUAAAGUUUAAGUAUAAAAAAGUUAGGGUAGCAAUUUAAUUAUUGUAUUAUAAAAAAUAAAAAAUAAUAGAAAAUUCCUAUUUUUUUUUAAUUCAUUGUCAGAGUGAUAUUAGCCUGUCUACCCCAAUGUACAUGUAUGCUGGAGCAUGUUAGAUAUAGCAUGAGUAUUAGUGCAUGGUGCUGAUUUGCCAUGGUCCCCCUUCC